AAUAAAUUACAUAAUAUCCAAAUGUCUAGAGUCAAACAAUCUUUAUGUAAUUUAUUAAUUAUUUUAUAUUAGAUGCCUAACCAUCACCAAGUACAGGUAGAAUUUAAAAGAUUUCAGAGAAAUUAUCAACAAUUUAGAUUGGAGUUGAGAAUGAAAGAUUUUAGAAAUUAGAAUAAGCAGAAUAACGUAUUUAAUAAGCAGAAGAUGCAUUUAAUGAAUUUUAAGAGUAAAUCUUUACAAGAUUGAAUGGAUUAAGAGAUUAAGUAAAUAAUCUAUAUAAUUGAUAUACAGUUAGGCAAAUUAUAAAAACAAGUGGAAGAUGACAGAUAGGCAAAAGAAUAAGCUAUUGAAGCUAAGAAUAGAGAUGUUUAAGCUUUGACUAAGAAGUUUGAAAAUGCAAUAGAAAAUGAAUAAUAAACAAAGAAGGAAGGAGAAGCUAAGAUUCUUAGAUUGACAGAAGAUAAAUCAGCAUUACUUAGAACUGAAGUUUAAAAGGAAACUGCUUAAAGAAUAGAUGCUAUAGAAGGAAUUCAUUAAGGAUUACAAAAUGAUUUACCAAAGAUACAAGAGGCUAUUAGAGAAGAAGCUAAUGAAAGAGAUGAAUCUGAUUAAAAUGUAAUAAAAUUAAAUAUAUAUAUUAGGUAAUGAAAUCGAUUACAGAUGAAUUGGUAAAAUUGAGUAAUUUAAUUAAUGUAGAAAAAAGAAAUAGAGAUGAAAGUGAAUAAUCAAUAUUUGAAAUGCUUAAAGAUAUUGUUAAUAGAGUGAAAGUAGAAUUAGAUUAAGAGAAAAGAACUAGAGAAUAAUCAGAAGAACAUUUACUUAGUUUAUUAGAAGAUACCUGUAAUAAAUUAAGUAUUGCAGCAAAUUUAUGAAUAAUUUAUAUUCAUAUAUUAAUACAUUC